AUGAAUUCUCCAUCUAAUCCUGAUUAUUAUCGUGACGAAAGAUUUUGGUCUGAUACUUUGAGGUCAAGCAAAGCAUCAAAACAGCCAAAAUCAUAUAGAAAAUACGAAGAAGGGGCAAAUAAAUCCCAAAAUUCUAGCGCAAUUUCUAAUGAAGCAAAAAAGCGACCUCCUUCUGUAGAUUCUAAGCCAAUCAGCAGCUUAUUGUCACACCGUAUCAUAAGCCCAAGAUUGAUGAAGCGUUUAGAUUUAAGCUCCCCAAGGCUUUAUGAAGAAAAUCGAGGAAAAAUGACUUCUAGGACUGAAGCUUCAAAACAGGACACAACCCAGUUUUUAGCUGACUCCCCCUCUGUGAGCGAAAAAAAAAAUAUUUGUUCACUAUAAGAUUAAUUUUUUUGGUUGAACUUUAAAUAAAUUCGCAAAAUUGGAAAAAAAUUAAUUUAAUUGUAAAAUCUAUAUAUUAAAGUUAAAAAUUUAACAGAAUUAGCAAGAGAUUUCGUUAUAAUAAUUAUCACUUAUAUAUCAAAUAUAUUUUUUUUAAUUUUAAAAAAUUUUGUUACUUACAGUUUUUUUUUAAUCAAAAAAUAGCUUUUCUCGUCCAUGGAGGGGGAGUGAGAAGCUUAAAGAAUUUGAAAAUAACUACGCAAUACUAACCCCCCUCUGUGAGCGAAAAAAAAAUUUUGUUCGCUCAUGGAGGUUUAAUUUUUCUUAAAAAUUAUUAAAAAAAUCCAAUUCGAAAUAAUUUUAAAGCAAAUAUUAAUUAAUUUGUAAAAUUUAUGAUUUAAAAUGCAAGCUGUUUAAAAUUAAUUAAAAUUAGCACGAGAUUUCACUAUAAUAGUUUAUCACUUAUAUAUUACGUUUUUUAAUAUAAAAUAUUAAUUCGCUCAUAGAGGGUUGGUUUUACAAAACAUGGGAUUUUUCCAAUGAUUUUGCUCGCUCACAGAGGGAUGGGGGAUUAAGAGAUCAGUACCGAGAAAUCAUUGAAAGACAAGCAAAAGAAAUCGAAGCCAUUAAAAAGGAAAAUUCAAAAUUGGAUAGUGAAAUCUCAAGAUAUGAAGAAGCUAUGCAAACAGAAAAACAAAAAUGGGAAAUUGAAAGAAAUGAGUAUGAGCAUAUAAUUAAUACGUAUAAGCAGAAUGAGAAUAGCAAACUGAAUAAUUACUAUAAAAAAAGACUUAAGGAUGCGGAAGAUAUGAUUGAGGAGCAGAGAAAAGAAUUUAUAGCAGAAAUUGAUAAACUCUAUGAGGAAAAUAGAAGGCUAAAAUGCAGCUUGAAGAUUAAGGGAAAGAUAGACGGAAUAAGAGAAAAUGAAAAAUCAGAGUAA